GUCAGUAGAGGUGACUUCCACAAUGGCAGGCAAGCAGUCUCCUUCUAAAGAAGGCACUUUGGAAAGCCUUGAGAAAUACCACAUCAAAGAAGACAUAGGCUUUGCUCUGGAACAUCCACUGGAAGAGCUACCUGAUGAGUAUGAUGCCUGGAUGUUCAUUGGUAAAAAUCUGCCCACACUAAUUGCGAAUGGUCACCUUCGAGCAGAGGUUGAGAAGCUACCAAUGCUCAGUGUGGAUGGUCUCCAAGGACACAAGUUGCAGCGCCUGGCACAUCUGGUUCUUGGCUGCAUCACCAUGGCAUAUGUGUGGGGUAAAGGGGACGGAGAUAUCAAAAAGGUCCUGCCAAGAAACAUUGCUGUUCCAUACUGCAAACUCUCUGAGAGUCUGGGGCUGCCACCCAUUCUGGUUUAUGCUGACUGUGUGCUGGCAAACUGGAAGAAAAAGGAUCCCAGAGGGCCCAUGACUUAUGAGAACAUGGACAUUUUGUUUGCAUUUCCUGGUGGGGACUGCAGCAAAGGUUUCUUCCUGGUUUCUCUACUAGUGGAAAUAGCAGCUUCUCCUGCAAUCAAAGAAAUUCCCAAGAUAAUCAAGGCUGUGAUAUGUGAGGACCAGGAGACCUCAAAAAUGGCACUGCUACAUAUAUGUUCCUGUCUGAAAGAAGCCCGCAAAGUAUUUGAGGAAAUCCGCAAAUAUGUGAAUGCCAAUCAAUUUUUCAAUGUUCUACGCAUAUAUUUGUCUGGCUGGAAAGGCAAUCCCAAGCUGUCAGAAGGUCUGCUGUAUGAAGGGGUUUGGGACACCCCCAAAAAGUUUGCAGGGGGAAGUGCAGCCCAAAGCAGCAUCUUUCAGAGCCUUGAUAUCCUUCUGGGAGUAGAGCAGAGUGCCAGUGGAGAAUCUGCUGAUAAGUUCCUCCAGGAAAUGAGAACAUAUAUGCCACCAGCGCACCAGGCCUUUCUGCACCACUUAGAGACUUGCCCAUCACUCCGGAAGUUUGUCAUCUCAAGCCACAAUGCUGACUUGCAAGAAGCAUAUAAUAGCUGUGUGCAAGCUCUGGUCUCCCUGAGGAGUUAUCAUCUGACCAUAGUUGAGAAGUACAUUCUAACUCCUGCACGUGAUCAGGCCAAUGCAUCCAAGGAGUCACCAGACUCAGAAAGCAGAGGGACAGGAGGCACUGACCUCAAGAGUUUCCUCAUGGCUGUGAGAAAUACAACCCAGAAAGCCUUACUGAAGGAAGAUUAAUGUAAUCCUAGCAUGAGUAUAUUUAGGAGUGAGGUGUGGCUCAAGAGGUAGAGCACCAAGAAAACAUGAGUUCAAAUCCCAAAAAUCAAAAAAAGUUUGCUCAUUGCACAGAAUUCUUUUCAUUGAUCAUUGGAGCAGACAAAUGAAUUAUCAGUUGCUAACUUCUGACUUCAUGUAAGAAAAAAAUAAAAAUGAUCUUUAUGAACAGAUUGAAAAUUAAUAUAAAAAUAUAAUGGU